CUCUUUUAUUUUUGCCGCGAGUUUUCAUUUUAAGACAACUUUUCGACUGAAAACAGCCUGUAAAUAUUGUUUCUUAGAAGAAUGUGACUUGUGUUAAUAUCCACACCUUGUUUUGUGAGUUUUUACUUAAAGUUGUGAUAUAGUACAAACUGUGUUUGGUCGGUAGUUAUUCCACAGGGAAAUGUCUGUUGAUAAAGACGAGGCGCAGCAGCGAUUAAAGGCAGUAGUGCAUUUCACUGUUGGCCGUCUGUGUCAGAAAGCUGGAGAAGACCACAGGAGAGAGUUCAGUCGACAAGUCAUUGCAGCAAUAGCAGAAACAACCUACAGACAAUGUGAUGUCUUUGCUAAAGACCUGGAGGCUUUUGCAAGGCACGCUAAAAGAAGCACAGUGUCUACAGAAGAUGUAAAGCUAUUAGCUCGUCGUAGCACAGCACUGUCCAUCUACAUACAAAAUAAAAGUGAAGAACUGAACCAGGAGCAGAAGGACUUGAAAAAGAAAAACACCGGGAAGAGGAAGAGCAGAGACACUGAGGAGGAGAGCAAAGAAUAACGACAGGACACAGGCAGGCCUGCAGUGUCUCACUUUGACCCAACAAUCAAAUAAACAUAAAAGCUGGAUAACACAUGA